AUGAAGCUAAAGGAAGAGCUGGCGGAGACAGUGCUGAGGCUCUGUCUCCUCACAAAGCCAAAGGAGACAGAAAAGGAGACAGAUAGAGAGAAAAAGGAGACAGAUAGAGAGAAGAAAGAGACAGAUAGAGAGAAAAAGGAGACAGAUAGAGAAAAGAAAGAGAUAGAGAGAGAGAAAGAGACAGAGAGAGAGAAAAAGGAGUCAGAGAGAAAGAAAAAGGAGACAGAGAGAAAGGAAAAGGAGACAGAGACAGAUGAGGAGACAGAGACACAAGCAAUGGAUAUAGAUACAGAUAAAGAGACAGAAACACAAAAAAAAGAAACAGAGAAACAAGAAAAGGAGACAGAAAGAAAAAAGAAAGAGACAGAGAGAGAGAAGGAGGAGACAGAGAGACAAAAGAAAGAGACAGAGAGACAAAAGGAGACAGAGAGAGAGAAGGAGGAGACAGAGAGACAAAAGGAGACAGACAAUGCAGCAGCAGAUUCGCUGCUGCUGAUGGCUCUUAUAAACACUGCAGCAGAAGAAGGAGACAGGGAGACAAAGGAGAGAGAUAGAGAGACAAAAGGGAGACAAAGAGAGACAAAGGAGAGAGAUAGAGACAGAGAGACAGAAGGAGACAGAGAGAGAGAAGAAGGAGACAGAGAGACAAAAGAAAAAGAUAUAGAGACAGAAGGAGGAGACAGAGAGACAGAAGGAGACAAAAAAACAAAAAGAGGAGACAGGGAGGAGACAAAGACAGCACUCAUUAUUUCUUUUGUCUCCUUUCUUCUCAAUCCAGCAGCAAAGACAAGCAGCAGCAGCAGCAGCAGCAGCAGCAGAAGCAACAUUACACCCCUUGUUGUCUCCGCGCUGCAUGCGCUCUGCCCCCAGGCCCCAGCUGCUGCUGCUGCUGCUGCAGCAGCAGCAGCCGCAACAACAACAGCAGGGGUUACAGCAGCAACAACAGCGGCAGCAGGAACAGCAGCACCAGCAGCAGCAGCAGCAGCAGCAGCAGGAGAGACAGCUGGUGUGUGGGGUGCGAGCAGCAGCAGCAUUGCUGCUGCACUGAGGUGGUGGCAGCAGCAGCAAGGAGACAGGAGAAGGAGACAGUUGGUUCUGUCUCCUUUCUGCUGCAGCAGGGAGGAGACAAACCCGGAGACAGAAAAGGAGACAGAACGAGACACCCCACACCCCACAACAAAAGGAGACAACACAAACACACAUAAAACAACUCUUGCUGUCUCCUUGCUGCGGCUCGCGCUGCUGCUGCUGCGUUGCUCCGCAUCUGCUGCAGCAGCAGCAGCAGCAGCAGAAGCAGCAGCAGAUGCAGCAGCCGCACCAGCUACAGCAGCCGCAGCAGAAACACAGCUGCCAUUGACAGGGCUUGAAGAAGCAGCACCGGCAGCAGCAGCAGGAGCAGCAGCAGGAGCAGCAGCAGCAGCAGCAGCAGCAGCAACAGCAGGAGCAGCAGCAGGAGCAGCAGGAGCAGCAGCAGGAGCAGCAGAUGCUGCUGUUGCUGUUGAUGAUGAUGAUGAUGUUGCUGCUGCUGGGUCUGCUGCUGCUGCUGCUGCUGCUGUUUGUGCAGCAGCGCCUGAAGAGCCCCAGAUGUGA